AUGCGGCGCUCAAUUGCCUCCUGGGCGGCCCUGGGCCACCUCGUCUCCCUAUGCGGCGCCAUCAUGACCGCCUAUAACGGCCAGUACGCAGAAGACUGUCCCCGUCUUUGCAGCGACACUGGCCCAGAGCCUUCUAACUGGACCCAUAUCCACCAUCUGAGGGAGCUCAAGACGUGUCACCUACCCAUCAUCUUUGAUGUCAACGUCCAGUCUUCAGUCGACGACAACCAAACUGUCCUCACAAUCCGGGCCUGCGUGUCUACCGGCCAAGAGACGUACAACACAAAGUCUCUUCCUCCGCUACAAGACGAUGGCAGUCGAUUGGACCAUGGAAAUCUCACUGUAUCUAACAGCUGUGGAGGCAAGACAAUCAAGUUGCCUGUAACGCCUGAGGUUGACGGGAGAGUGGCUCACCCUGGCUCUGGCGCAAAACCCAACACAACAGACGUCUUAUUGGCAGCCCGCCAUCUCACUACUUUCUUGCAAAAGGGCUCCCAAUGCGGUACCACUAUCAUGUUUGCCAAAUCAUACUCUGCUGUGGUUGGCCUCUAUUCGGGAGCUGAAGUGGCUCAGAGCUCUGUCUCGACAAUGCUGUCAACUUUCCGUGACCAGGCACAACAUGGCGGCACUGGAUUGCAGGUCUGCGAAACUGAAAAGGCAGCCUUGGCCUUCGGUGUCUAUGCUGCAAGCUUCCCCGACCUUGGCGUCGCCCAAGCAGCGGUAAGGAGCUGGACAAACGGCUUAUGCCUCAACGGCUCAACUCCCUCCGUCGGCAUGGACAUGGAUGUCCUUGUCUCAGCCAUAAACACAAACACCACAGUCACUCCCCUUCAUAGCAACUCCACUCUGGGUGCCAAGGGGCCACGGAGCCUCCACGCGAGAGCAGACUGCAAGACUCAGCAGGUCAAGUCUGGUGACGGUUGUGCCGACCUGGCAACUCGCUGCGGCAUCUCCAGCGCCAACCUCACCAAGUUCAACCCGCAAGCAAACUUCUGCUCUACGCUCAAGCCCAACCAAUACUACUGCUGUACCGCUGGAACUCUGCCCGACAUGCGCCCCAAGCCGAAUCCCGAUGGCAGCUGCCACAGCUACAAGAUCGCCGCAGGGGACGGAUGCUUCUCCAUCGCAAGCUCCUUUGGCAUCACGCAGGCCAACAUUGAGGCUUUCAACAAGAAAACUUGGGGCUGGGCUGGCUGUGCGCAUCUCCAGGCCGGACAGCUCAUCUGCUUGAGCACAGGAGAUGCACCAAUGCCCGCAGCAGUCGCGGACACCACUUGCGGACCCCAAGUCCCAGGCACGAAGAAGCCAACUGACGGCACUGCUCUGGCGGACUUGAACCCAUGCCCCCUCAACGCAUGCUGCAACGUCUGGGGUUUCUGCGGAACAACAGAAGACUUCUGCGUCCCCUCUCCAGCAGACACUGGAGCCCCGGGAACAGCCAAGCCAGGCACCAACGGCUGCAUCUCCCACUGCGGCUCAGAUGUCGUCAACAAUGAGCAAGCUCCAGACUCAUUCAAGAGAAUAGGCUACUACGAAGCUUUCAGCUACGACCGCGAUUGCCUGGCAAUGCACCCCAAAAGCAUCCCCAAAGAGACAUACACUCACGUGCACUUUGCUUUUGCGACGGUCACGGACAAGUUUGACGUCGACAUUUCUGGCUAUGACAUUGAAUUUAAUGCAUUCAAACAAGGCGACUUUAAGAAGGUACUUUCUUUUGGAGGAUGGGACUUUUCGACGGGUUCGGAUACGUUCCAGAGGUUCCGGCAGGCGACUACAUCUGCCAACAGAGGGACAUUUGUCAAUAACCUGGUUAGCUUUAUGAAAAGGGAAAACAUUGAUGGCUUUGACUUUGACUGGGAAUAUCCAGGGGCACCCGAUAUCCCAGAUGUCCCGCCUGGCAGCGAUGAUGAAGGCAACAACUAUCUCAAUUUCCUGUCACUUCUCAAGUCCAGGCUCCCAAAGGGCAAGAGUAUCUCCAUUGCUAUUCCCGCAUCGUUUUGGUACUUGCAGUCAUAUCCUGUGAAGGACAUGGCCAAAUAUGUCGACUAUUUCAUCUACAUGACAUAUGACUUGCACGGUCAAUGGGAUGUGGAAAACAAAUGGGCCAUUCCCAGCUGCGAAGGCGGCAACUGUCUUCGCUCCCACGUCAACAAGACCGAAACCUACAACGCCCUCUCCAUGCUCACCAAGGCUGGUGUCAAGUCCACCAAGAUUGUCGUUGGCGUAACCAGCUACGGCAGAAGCUUCCGCAUGGCGGACCAGAAGUGCUCAGGGCCAAUGUGUACGUUUCUCGGCGGAAAAUUGGAUUCAAAGGCGUACAAGGGACGUUGCACUGGCACGGCCGGAUACAUCUCCAAUGCCGAAAUUGCCGAGAUCAUCGACAACCACGGCAAUUAUUCUAUUGUGAAUAACUAUAUAGAUGGGGAUUCCGCUUCUUACAUCCUCGAAUAUGGCAAUAACGGGGCCGUCGACUGGGUCGCCUACAUGGACGGAGGCCUCAAAUCAGAGCGCAUCAAAUGGAUCCAACUGCUCAAUUUCGCCGGCUCUUCAGACUGGGCCAUUGACCUCGAAACCUUUGCGACUGAGGACACGGGCAAAGAUACUGAUGCGAGCGGACAGCCACUUUACGACGACGAGGACGAGGACGGCGACGGUGAGGGUUAUGGCUGUUUCGAGGAGGACAACCCCGGGACUCUCGAGGGCAUUGCCGACGUCAUCGACAAUUUCAACGAGCGGUGCCUUAGCUACUUCACUCUGGAGACACUCUACGGCAUGCUCGUCGAUAGCCUGUCCCUCUUCGACGAGAAUUCGCACGACUACGAUGACAAGUUCAGGUACUACGAGGAAUGGGUCAAGGAGCUCGUCGACCCCAAGCUGGACGACUAUAUGCGCUUCGGCGACGGGCCCGGCAACCAGUUCUUCACCUGCCACUGGGAGGCCGGCAGCAGAAGCGGCACCGACCCCUGCACCGGCGUGCCGCACUUUUGGGAGCUGGAGCAGACGUUCAGCGUCGAGUACGAGCUGACGGACGAGGAAGGCUUCUACGACGACGUGGCCGCGACUCUGGGCAUCGACAAGGAAUGGAUUGCCUGGGGUGAAAGGGGCAAAAACUACGACUGCGCCGCCGAGGCCGAGGACAUGCCACGGCGGCCGUACGGAAACGGAAACAUGCCCGUCUGCCGCCGCAUCUACCGGCGGCGGCUUAACGUGCCGGUCAAGGCCUCGGACGACGACAUCGUGGUGGCCAACCCGAAGGAGAUGAUUGAGAACGCCUGGACAAACAUCACCACACUGCAGGAGACGCUCUGGGCGACCUUUGCCGAGGUGGCCAUCGACAUCUUCAAGGACGCCACCGUGCAGGUCCCGGAGCUCGACGCCGUCGUCGCGUUCGCCAUGCCCGUGCUGCAGCUGGCCGAGUCCAUCGACAGCAUGAAGGACAUCAAGGACAUUGGCGAGCGCGUCAUGGAAGAGAAGAAGCGCGAGCUCAUCUUCAAGAUCCUCACCUUUGUCUUCAUGGCGCUCCCCUUUGUCGGCGAAGCCCUGGGCCCCCUGGUCGGCAGCGCGACGGCACUGGCCCGCAUAGCGCUGCUCGUCAGCGAAGCCGGAAACACGGCCGUCACCAUCGCCGACAUCAUCAAGGACCCGGCGUCCGCGCCCUUUGCCAUGCUGGGGCUCAUUGUGGGCGCGGCGGGCGGCGGCGGGAAGCUGUCCAAGACGGAGAGCUUGGGGGAGGCGUCCAAGGCGCGGGGGCUGAUGAAGGCGGCUGACUUGGCCAAGUUUCCGCAGAGGUUUCGCGAUAGGGAUGCUUUGGUGCAGAAGAUUUCGAAGAAGUCGGUGUGUGGUGUUAUUUAG